AUGCAAUAACUAUUUUUUACCUAGCCAUUGAAUGUGGCAUCAAAAAAAACUAUAUUUAAUGAAGAAAGAUAGAUAGUUGAGAUUGAAGCUAAAGAAGAGUAAGAUGAUAAAAAUGAUGAACAUACUUUGAUAUUAAGCUAAAAAAAAUAUCAAGUCAAAAAACAAUUAAGAUAGCUCCUUAAUAAUAAAUAAAAUAUGUAUUAGAUUUCCAAUUAUAAAUUAGAUACUUGAAAGAAAACUUAGCCAGUCUAAAAAAACGUAAAAUAUUAGAAGGUUUCUCAGGAGAAACUCCAGCUCCAGUUUAAUAAUGUUUUUCUUUUUUUAGUUAAGCUUUGUAAAAUGCUCGAAGUCUUAGGUAUUAUUUAAAACUAUAGAUUAAGAUCCUUAGAUAUCUCUGGUAUGGAUAUUCACCCUCUCUUAGCAAUUGAAAUUGGGUAGGGUUUAUAACAUAAUGCCUCUUUAAGGGAGAUCAACAUUUCAGGAUGCAAAAUGAAUAGUUUUUGCUUACAAUACAUAUUUUCUUCCAUAACUAAUCAUAAAACUCUUUAAUCUAUAAAUUUAUACAACAAUUAAGGAUUUACUAUAGACCUAAUGAAUGACAUAAGCUAAUUUGUUUUUAAAGGUAAAAAUCAUCUUAAAAAACUUAAACUAACUCAUUGUAAUAUAUCAAAUACUGCUAUGAGUUAUUUAUUAAGAAACUUAAAGUAAUUAUUCAUAUUUUUUAUAGAUAUUCCGAAACUAUUAAUGCCAUAGAUAUCUCAAUGAUGCAAUUUAAUACAGAGGUUUUAACAAGUUUAGGCAUUGCAUUAUAACACUAUAAAGGAGAUAAAGUUCUUGAAUAUUUAAAUGUUUCAGAUACUAAUAUUAAAAAUGAGGGAUUAGAUACUUUAGCAUAAAGAGUAAGUUGGAAUAUGAGAAAAAUCAAUUUAAAAGAGCUGGUAUUAAGAAGAAAUUUUAUUACUUAAACAGGUAUACCACAAUUAGAGGCUUUUUUAAGAAAAAUAUCAUAAUUAUAGAAAUUAGAUCUUUCAAAUAAUAAAAUAGAAGAAUUUACUUGCUAAGAUUUACUUUAAAGAAAAAUGUAUGAAAUUAAUCUCAGUAAUAAUGUCAUAAUGUGUUUUCCACCUUAGUUUUUUAUGAAUACACUUGUAGUAAAUCUAUCAAAUAAUAAUAUUUCCAGUUAAGGAGCCUUUUAAUUGUCAAGCAUUCUUAGAUAGAAUCCCUUAUGGGUUGAAUUAAAUUUAUCAAAUAAUUAAUUAAAAAGUGAAGGAUUUAAUUCUUUAAUCUUUGGUUUGAGAGAUAAUAGAAUGCUAAAAAAGUUAAUUGUUGCAAAAAAUUAAUUGGAUGGUGAAGCUAUUAUUUGCUAUAUGAUAAAUCAUGAAUAAGUAUAUUUUGAACAUUUGGACAUUUCUUUUAAUUAAAUAAGGCAUGCAAUUAUAUUUGUUCUCUUAAAAUUUAUAAAGAGUGGAUGUCUAAGGUGUUUAAGAUGUUCUUAUUUAGAAAAAGAAGAAGAGAUAAGAAAAGUAGAUUAAAAUGUAGAUUAAAAUGCAAAAUUUAUAAAAUAAGAUGAACAUUAAUAAAAAUCAAAUAAUGCAGCAUUUUAAUUAACUUCAUUUAAUUUAAGGGAAUUAGAUUUCCAUGGCAAUAAGGAGAUUUUUACUCCUGUUGUUGCAUCCUUAUCAACAUAUUAUAAUAAAAUAGAAAAAUUAGAUUUGUCUUCUUGUGCACCAAUUACUGAUUAAGACAUAGAAUUAUUAUGUUUGUUCUUAAGAAAGUCAACAAUAAUACAUGAUUUAAAUUUGAGAGAUUUAUCUUUAGGAACAAUGAAGAAGGAUUGUAUUAAAAAAUUAAGUGAAGCCUUAUUUAAUAGUAGUAUUAAAUAUUUGAAUUUAAGUAAAAAUAGAAUGUAUAAAUAAAUUAAAAGAUUAUUUAAUUCAAAUAAUUUAGGAUCAAAUUACAAAUUAGAAGUUUUAGAUUUAAGUUAUAAUUAUUUGGAAGCUAAACAUGCUCCUUAUAUAGAGAAAAUGUUAAUGUCUCUUAAAAAUUUAUAGGAAGUGAAUUUUUCUAGAAAUUGCAUAAAUUUUGAAGGUUUGGCUGCUAUAAAUAGAUCAUUAUUUUCUAAUCGAACUUUAAAGAGAUUGAAGUAUAUUUAUAUAUUUAUUUAGUUUGUCCUAUUAGAAAUUGAGUGCAGAUGAUUUAUUAAUUCUAAGUUAAACAUUAGGUAAUGAAAGUCUACAAGAAUUAAAUUUAGCAAAUAAUCCAUACACAACAAAAUUAAAAACAUUUUUUUAUUAAUGUUCUACAUAAAAAUAAGAAUUUUUACAUUUAUCAUAAGUUUAUUUUGAUAAUGCAAAUUAUCAUAGUUUAAUGACUAUUAUAGAGAAUUAAAAGAGAAAUCUUUUUGGUGUUAAUUUAGAUUCUUGUAUAUUUUAAAAUAAAGAUUUUUGUAAAUUUUUUGAACAUCUUUCAAAAAGCAGAAAGCUUACAUAUUUUGCAAUAAAUUAUAAUCCUACAAUUUAUAAGGAUUUAGAAGGUACAGUUAGUUUAAUAUCUAAAUUAAAAAAUUUAAGAAUUUUAAAAUUAAAUUAAGUUUCUUUAGCCGAUGGUUUUGUUAAUGCUCUUCAAGAUUGGUUUUCUAAAAUUGGAUGUUGCAAUGUAAAUUAUAUUAUUAUAAUUUAAGUUAAGCACUUUAGAUUUGAGUUAAAAUAAAUUAUAAUAAUAAUGGUUGAAUAGUUUAUGUUUAGGAAUAAGUAACAAUUCUUCAUUAAGGAAUUUUAUGUUAAAUGAUUGUAAUUUAGGAUUUUUGAAUCUUACACCUUUAGGAAUAGCAGUUUCAUAAAAUAAAACAUUGGAAGUGUUGGAAAUUGCAAAGAAUUAGAUUAAGAAUAAUUUAGAUAAUUUUUUAACAUCAGCUUUAGAGAAUGCUUAAACUUGUAGAUUAGAGGAAUUAAAUUUAGCUGAAAAUCCUUUAGAUAAGUAAUCAAUAUUAGAUUUGUUUAUUCCAAGAAUAUUAAAUAAUAUGAAUGGCAAAAAUAUUAAAUUAAGAUAUUUAAAUUUAGCAAAUUGUCAUUUAUAAAUAGAUUUAUUCAAAGAUAUUUUGUAAGGAUAAUAAUUAUAUAAAGAUAAUUAUUCUUUUUAACAUAUACUUAGUUUAAGUUUAAGCAAUAAUUAAUUAGGAGAUAAUGUAGGAUAAUAAUUAAAACAAAUUAUUCAAAGUUCAACAAAAAUGAAGGAAUUAUAUUUAUAAAAUAACCUAUUUACAAGCAAUGGUAUGAUUUUAAUUUUUGAAGGAAUGUUUGCUAAUUAAACAAUUAGAACAAUUAACAUAAGCAGUAAUAAAUUAGAUGAUAUAUGGGUGUUAAAAUUAUAUGAAUAAAUCUAAAAUAAAGAAUUAAGUAACUUAGAAUUUAUUAUGCUCAGAGAUAAUAAUUUUACAAGAAUAGGUUUAAAGAAAUUGGCUUAGAUAAUAUUUAAAAUAAGAAAUCUAUUCAUUGAUAAUAUAUGGUCAGAAUUAGAUGAUAGUGAUGCUGAUAUAAUAUUACAAUAAUAUACAAGGAUUGGUUAAACAUAUAAAUUGGAAUAAUCAGCUAUUCCUUAAUUUUUAAAGGAAAUUUAAAUAUAAAGAUCUAAUUUAACUGAUAAGUUUUGUGAAGUUCUUGGAAAAUACUAUCCAAUGCUAGGAUUUAUUGAAUUUAUUGAUAUAUCUGAUAAUCCUUUUAUUACAAUGUAUGGUAAAGUUUAUUUAUUUUUUCAUUUAUUUGAUACAAGUUAUGAAAGACAUUAGUUAAAAGCAAUGUAUAUAACUGAUUCUUAAGAAACAAGAAAAUUAUUUGAUGAUGGUUUGUUAAGAUACUUAACACUUAGAUUUAGAAAUUUUUUAUAUCCUCCAACUGAAGUUAAUGUAAUAAAAAAGUAAAACAGUAAAGCUGAAGUAUUUGGAGUUCCUAAUAAUUAACUUGAUUCAUAAAUGGGUGGUGUCUAGUAAAUUAUUGGAGGAAUGUGUGGAUCUUGGUUAAUUCAUAAAAUUAAUAAAUUAAUGGCUUAUUUAGAUUAAAUUGAACCUCCUUAAUUCAUAGUUAGUACAUUAUUUAUUGGAAAAUUUAGAAGAAAUAAUAUCAAUAUUAAAAUAAUUGUAAUGUUUUUUUGGAUUACUUUCCUAGCAAUAAAUUUAUUAUAAUUUUUAUAAAUAUUAAGUAGUGAAUAAAAACCAUUAGAUACUAUAUUGAUAGAUUAUAAUUAAACAUGUCCUGAUGAUGUUAAAGAUUAAACAGAAGAAUGUAAUAAGUUUGGAUAUUCAAACUUUGUUAGUGAUGUAUAUUAUUUCAUUAUUGUUUUUGCUUCAACUAUUGCAAUUGAGAUAGCAUAAAUUAUUGUUACUGUAACAUUAAGAAGAAAAAUUUAACCUGCAUUUUAAAUAGUCCAUCCAUCAUUAUUAAAAUAUCUUCAUUCAUAAUUUCCACAUCAAAAAGAAUUAUUUUUGAUGUUAUUCUCUAUUCUCAGUAAAAUAGGAACAUUUCCUGAACGAAUAUUUUUAUCAUAUUUAUUAGUGUUAACAGAUGAUGGCUUAGAUUAUGAACCUGUUUAUUUUAAAUUUUAAGUUUAUAAAUUUAUUCUAGGGAUUAUUAUUCUAUUAAGAUAUGGAGAGACCCUUAUUAUUUCGAUAAUUAAUUUAAUCAAAUUUAUGAUGGCUACACCUAGAAAAGAUUAAGCAUUCUAUUUAUCAUUAUUAUAAAGAAAUUUUCAUUAUUAGAGUUACUAUGUUUUAAGUGAUAUUUUAGUUUCAUUAUGUCCAGUCUAAGGAUAUUAAUUAACUAAGGCUAUCAAAAUUAAUUAUGAAAUAAUAGUAGAAACAUAUAGAAUAUUAACUAUUGAAUUAUUUUUAAUAAUUUUCAUAAGUUUCUUCUCCAGAGAGUUUAAUAAUAUCAAGUAAUUAAAAUUUGAUAAUACUGAUCCAUAUUGGUUUUUAAGUGGAUGGAUUAUUCUUACUUUGAUUAAAGCUAUUGUAACAAUAAUAAGUUCAUUAUUUACUAUUUUAACUGUAAGACCUGCUGUUGUUAAAUAACAUGGUUUUAAUUAAGCAUUAGACAUAAAGAAAUUUUAUGAAAACAAAAGUGAAUUUGUGAGACCUUCUAACAUUAAGAUUGAGUAUCAUUUAUAAUGUUUUGCAGAUAUAGAAAAAGAAAAGUAAGCAGAAAAAAUGGGAACACAAUAUGUUUUAGAUAAUAGCACUAAUUUAUAAAAUAAUUCUUAGAACUUAGAAAAUGAAAUCAAAUUUGAAAUGCAAAAAAGUAAAAUGGAUGAAAUUUAAGAAGAUGUAAAAUUAGAAGCUAUAGAUGAAGAAGAUUCUCUUAAUGAUGAUCCAAAUAAAGUAAUGAAAGAUUCAGGUAAUUAUAAUAACUAAUUAGAAGAGUAUUCCUAUUCAUAAAUAGAUUAUUAAGAUCCUCCACAAUAUCCUUUAAGAUAAGAAAGGCCGAAGUUUAAAUAUGUAAUUUGAUUUUUAUUAAUAAUAAUAUAAAUAUAUUAAUUUAUUACCAUGUCAACUCCUUAAGUAAAAUUCUAUACUUAUUAAGAUAAAUCAUCUUAUUUCACUUCUUAAUGAUAACAACAGAGAUUAUUAACAAUUAACAGAAUAUUUUUUAGAUUUUUAAAUUAUAAAAGACUUUUAAGAAACAUAAGGAGCAUAAUUUUUCAACCGUCUCAUAUAGAAUAUUGCCUAUAAAGUAUUUAUGCCUUAAGAAUAUAUUAUUGAAGCUGGAAAAUCUGUAAACUCUCUGUACAUUUUCUUUUCAGGAAUGAUUAUACGAAAUAGUACAAAAAAAGAUAAAAACUAUAUUGAAAUCACUGAAAAAUAAAUAUUAGGAGAAGAAUUCUUUUUAUCAAGAUAAUAAUCAAAAUACAAUUAUAUUGCACAUAAAGAAAGUUUAAUCUGUUAUAUUCACUAAGAUGACUUUUAUAAAUUUGUUAAAAAGAGAAAACUUAAAAAAUCAUUAAUUAAUAAUAUCUUGUCAUUUUCACAAUUUCAAGAUAUGUCACCUAAGUACAAUAGAUAAAUUAAAUUUUAGUUUUAUUGAAUAAAUUAUUUAACGUAGUAAUACUUUGAAUUAUUUUAAUCGUUAAAUAGUAUUUGAUAUAGGGGAUGAACCAUAAUCUUGGUUUAUUAUUCUAGAUGGUGAUUUUUAAAUCUAUUACAAAUAUAACUAACAAUAUUAACCCUUAAUAAUAUUAUCAAGAGGAAAUUAUUUUGGAGAACUAGAAAUUAUUAAAAAAUAAAAGAGAUCUUAUAGAGUAUGUUGCAUUUCAACUCAUUCAGAAAUAUUGGAAAUACCAAAAGUGUAAUUUUAUUUUCUCCUUUAAAAAAAUUUAUCAUUUAAUUCAAUGAUAAAUGAAAACGUCAAUAAUAGAAUUUAAAAAUAUGCUUCAAUGAUUAUUCAAAAUAAAUAAAAUCUCGAAUUCUAGUUUAGUUCAUCUCCUUAAAAACCAAAAUUUGCUUUCAAUUCCCCUCAUGUUCGAAUAAGAUCAAAGAAUUUAGUUGAUAAUGAAGAUAUUAAAGAGUUAUACUUAUAAAGAAAAAAGGAACUUACAAACUUAUUGAAUUAUCGAAUCUAAUUGACAGAAUAUGAAAGUAGUCAAUCAAUUACUGAAAAAUUGAAUCAAAGAAAUCCAAGGUUAAGAUAAUUUUUAGAUAGAUUAAAUAAAGGAAGAUUUAAAUCAAAUAUAAAAUAAAAGGAAUAAAGAGCAUUUUAAUUAGAUUUUCAUAAAUCUCAUCAUAAAAUAAAAACAGAAAUUGCUCUUUCUUCAAGAGAUACUCUAGGAGCUAUUAAAAGUACAUUGUAUUCACCUACAACAUCUUCAAGAGCAUAAACAAAUUAUAACAAUUAAAGUCCUAAAAUUUAUAAUAUAUUCUUUAAAUUACAAACUAAUACAAAAAAUUUAUGUACUUUAAAUCCAGAAAAUCUAGAAACUGAAAUUUGA